GUAGAAUCUUGUCGGCCGUGGCCAUUGGCUGGCAAGGAAGGAAAAACAACAAAUGGUUUCAGAGGGAAAUCAGAAUCAGAAAGCCAGCCAAGUCAAACAGAGUUGUGACACUCGACCCGAAAACCUUGUAAUGCUUUUUCAUUUAAAUGGAUAGUCCUCAGAAGAUGAACCCUCAUAACAUUGGUUUGGUGGAUUCUCAAUCAAAUUAUUUGAACUCUUCCUCAUAUCUUGGUACUCUUGAAGAUAUUGAGCCAGCAUGGAUGGAGAAUACAACCAGCUUUUCUGAAUCAUGUGGAAGUUGUUUGUCCAGAAUCUCAAGUUUGGGUGUGGAUGGGAAAGGCCUUAGUUCUUCACCGAAGUCUUCAGAGGGGCAAAUAGUCCCAGACCCUUGUGGCAAAAUUAUCAAGGCUGAGGGAAUGGAAGAUGAACCGCCAUUUGUUGCAUCUGGCAGUUUGCAAUCGCUAUGCAGCUCUUCAAAGACAUUGUAUGCUAGUCCAAGAUCGAACUCUGAAGAUCUACUCUACUGUCCACUGAAUAAUUCUUGCUUGUCAGAAAGUUCUAGAGAUAGACAAGGCAAUGUCUUCCGAGAAAGAGCUCCCAGUGAAAACGCAUUAGAUUUUGAUAAAUUAAAUCACAUCAGAGAAUCAAAACUCAGCCACUCUCUGCAUGAUGUAUCAAGCAUUCCCUCAAAUGGCCUUAAAAAUCCCUCCCAGCGUUUACCUGUGGAAAGAUCUUCUCUGUCUUCUCUUUACUUGCGUAACAGAUCAAGAGACUCGGGCUUCAUGCGUUCGGAAAGCUUACUCAGUUUGAGCAGUAAUGGACGCAAUUAUGACCAUGUUGAGAGCAAAGUGAAACAUUAUAUUCAAAGUAUAAAAAAUGCAGAUGCAGUGAGGCGAAAAGAAAGAGCCCAGUCCAAAAACUCAGUUGUUCACCGUCUGAAACAAACUUUUGAAGACAAUCACUCUCAACCCGAGGACAAUCCAGCUCUGAUUCACAUUGUUCAAAAAAUGCAGCAAGACAUGGAAGAAAAGGACCGUCUUCUGCAGAAGCUCCAAGAAGAUUACAAUUGCCUUCUUGGAAAAUAUGCUGAAGCAGAAAACAAAAUUGAUAAACUUCGCUUUGGCUGGCAUGAAAAUUUAGCUCCACCUGCAAUGAAAAAUGAGUCCUUUGGGUUUAAGAGUCAGUCAUCAUACAGUUUGAACCCAAAGGCUUCAUUUUCUAAACAAAUGAAACAGCCAUCAGCUUUAUCUGAAAUUGAUGAUUGUAGUCUAACUAGCUCAAUGUUCCUUUCUAACUUUGAGAAUAUAGAUACUGCCGAUUCCAGCUUGAAUUUCAAAGAUGAAUGGUCUAAGUACAACAAUGGUAAUGAGAAAAAAAAAGAAGUCGUAAUAAGUGCACCUUUACGGCCUAUAUCCAGUUUGUAUUGCACUUCUGUUCGGUUGGAUCGAACUGUUACUCCCCUGAAUUCCAAGUCUUCAGUUGAUGCAUCAUCAGUUUCCUCUUCUCACCAUCCUGUUCAGGAAGUAACUAUUGACACUGGCAUUGGGAGCUAUUUUCUGUCACCAAGGCCUUUGCCUUUAAAUGCUGAACCUAAUGAAGAUCCAAUAAAGAAAGUUCAGCGCUGGCAGAAGAGCCUUCAUACACCUGAUUCUGAAUUUCCCUCUCGCUAUAAAGGCAAUGAAUCUAACUCAAAACUGAGAAAAGUUUUCUCUAGUAUUGGAGUUCAAGUCAAUGCUGCAAAUACUGUGGAGUUUCCAUCUAGCAGCAGCCAAAUGAGUACACCAAUCGUUCCAAUGCUUUGCUUGGGUGAAGUAUCUGGUUGCACUGAUUCAUUUAGUCAACUUGCCACAGAUUCAGACCAAAGUAGCAAAUUGAACUCAUCUAUUCUACCAGAAUCAAGCUGCUCGAUGCUUCCCAAGAACUGUUCCUCCAAUUUGCAAGUGACUAAAGGUUCAAAUUCGUCACAUGCCUGUGAAGGACAAUACAAACCAUGUGGUUGCAUUGUUAAAUCAGGACAUGAGGAAGUGCGCAAUAAGAGUGAAACUUUUUGUGAAACAAAGGGACAAGCUCACAGAAUUGCAACUCAAAUGAAUGGAUCUGAACUUGCUAAACUUUUGUCACUCAUGUUGAAAGAUCAAGACCAUGUUGUACCUGCAAAUCCUGAAGAGGAGAGAUCACUUCAGCAUAUUCUUAAGACCCUGGAAAUGAAAAUCAAUACUCUCAAAAGCUCUGUUACCUUACACACAUUAGUAAGUUUACUCGACAUGCUUCUAGACAAAUUGCCGUCAAAUGAAUGUCCAUGUCAAUACAAGCACAUCACUCAUGCGGAACCAUCUAGUGUGCGACCACCACCUACUCAGCAACAACUGGACGCUUCUGUUGUACCAGAAUGCUCUGAGAUGGAUGGCUCCUUGCUCCAAUGUUUGGAAGAGCUAGAUGAGUACACUAAUCAGGUUUGGGCCAAAACAGAAUCAUUUCUGGAAGUUUUAAAUUCAAACAAAUGUGCCUCUACUUCAAAACAUCAUUAGUAUGAAUUAUUAUUAUAAUAAAGUUAUUUUGUGCAUUGAAUGAUCUUACUCAGUCACUACUUGUUCUGUAUUCUUCAAUAAAAUAUUACUAAGCAUGGUUCAUGAACUCAAGUGUUUGGAAAGUUAAAGUCAGUAUUGUAUUGCCAUGUGUAAUGCUAUCGAGUCGAGCAUCAUUUUGCUGUGAUGGCUUGCAUAUUAAUCCCUAUUAUUUAUUCAUGUAUCUGUUAUUGUCUGUGAUGAUUUUUAUUUAGAAUAUGAUUACUUUUGUUUCAAAAGACUUCAGAAAACUGAUCUCAUUAUAGAAUUAUAAUUAUACUUUUUAACCUUAAGAAUGUUAGCUUUUAAGUAGGGUAAACAUCAAGAUUUUUAAUGUUUGCUGUCAAUUGUGUUGCAUGAUGAACCAUUAAUGCCAUCUCAUUAAUUUUAGUCUGUUUGGCAGAUAAUGAUUCAUGGCUCUCAGUUUUAUCUUUAGUGUCUUUUGUAUUGAUGCAACAAGUUCUCUCGAUGUAAAAUUACUUGUCUUGUUGUACAGUUGUUACCAAAGUAUUGAAAGUUCAGUAUUAUUUUCUACUUUGCUGUGUAGUACUUCGUUUCCGAGCUCUGUUGUUCAAUCUUGUAGAGGCAAGGAAUGAUUCAAUGUUCUUCGGGCAGAUUUUUAGUUUAGUGUUAGUGUAAUGCUAACUUUAAUCUAGUCAGUGAAUGGGGCCAAUGGAGAAGUUCGUUAGUCAAUUUAAGUUUUCAAGUAGCUCCUCAUUGAAGACUGGAAGUACUUAGUAGUGUGUUCAAAUAAAUUUAGUCACAUGGUUAAAAAAAA